GUUUCAGACGAAGACGCGAUGUCAGACGAGGAGGACCUGGAGGGGGGCUAUGCUGUGGUGCUGUGCGGCCGACGCGACCUGCCCCAGGGGGCGACGCACGCCGAGCUCACACUGAGCUCACACCAACACAGAGACCAGGACAUGCCGUGCAUUGUGGUCAAGGCGCCAUUUCUCGAUGUUUACGAACAGAUGACAAAAAUCCCAGAGAGUGAGAUAUUUUCAAAAAAAGACCUGAAAAUCGUAAAUGGAUCAGCAGCUUUGGGGAGGCGGCGCUACAUUCGCGAAUUCUCCUCCGAGCUGCUGGAGGAGGAGGCGGGAGGCAGCAGCGAGUGUGAGGAGUUUGAAGAUACCUGCACUACCUCUUACCUCAAAUGCUGCAAAACCAACCCCAACAUCAAUCCAGAGGCUGGGAUGCUUUCUGACAGAGAUUCAUCGAAGCGAGGAGCCAUGAACGGGAAGAUUGUGAACUUCAUGAUGCAGAACACGGAGAGACAGUUCCAGUGGCUGGAGCACCUUGAGCAGCACGUGAAGACGCACUUCCCUCUGCACGAGAAGCGAAUCCGGGAUAAUCUGAUGAAGCGUUGGGGACACAUCCGUGCCCUGUUCAAACUGCAGCCCCUCAACCUCGUCAGGGCGUACUAUGGAGAGCAGGUGUGCAUGUACUUUGCGUGGCUGGGCUGGUACACCCACAUCCUGCUGGUGUCCACCCUGGUGGGACUCGGGGUGUUCCUCUACGGAGUGGCCACCUUCAACUCCAACAUGGUCAGCAAGGAGGUGUGCGAAGCGACGGACAUUGUCAUGUGUCCCCUGUGUGACGAGGGCUGCCACUUCUGGAACCUGUCGGACACGUGCACCUUCGCCAAGGUCGCCCAUCUGUUCGACAACAGCGCCACUGUGUUCUUCGCUGUCUUCAUGGCCGUUUGGGCCACAGUGUUUCUGGAGAUGUGGAAGCGCUACCGGGCAGUGCUCACCUGCAGGUGGGACCUCCUGGACAUGGGGGAGGAGGAGGACGAGUUGGUGCUGCGUACGGUGACGCGCCGCUACGUGCCGGGCCGGCCACGCUCGCCCCGCCACAGUGGCACCGCCUUCCAGCAUCACCAGCCCCCCUCCUCCUCCUCGUCGCCCUCGGGACUCACGUGCCGCAAGGUCGUCUCGCUGGGCAUCAUCUCCAUCGUCUGCUUCCUCAUGAUCUGCGUCGAGAUCGUUGCUGCGUACGCUAUCGUGGCCUACCGCGUCCUCAUGCGGGACGUGCUCUCACGGAGAGUGGAGCCCGGAUUCUUCCGCAACAACGCCGGCCUCGUGGUGGUGGGGAGCGGAGCCAUCCUCCACUUCCUGCUCAUCCAGUGCAUGAACAAGGUGUGCGGCAUUGUGGCCUCAAAAUUGGCAAACAUCGGGAGCGUGUCGCGGAGAGAAGAGGGAGCGACGAUUCUGCAUCUUCAUCUUCAUCUUCCAGUUCUAUUCACCAACUUCAGCUCCCCUCUUCUACGUGGCGUUCUUCCUGGGCAGGUGCAGAGGACACACGUCAUCUGA